GAGCCACGUGGGGGGAAGAGCUCCUUUAUGCGGCUGCCUGUCUCGUCUAGACUGGCUAGCAGCAUGGCGGCUGCGGGCAUGAAGAGGAAACAGCCGCGGGGUGCCUCCACCUCGGCCACAGCGGCGGGGGCAGCCGGACGCAAGAAGCGGAAGCUCCCUACUACAGAGGAGAAAUCUUGGCAGAAAGCUGGCUCCAAGCUGAAUGAAGAGAUCUCCAGUGACUCUGAACCAGACAGUCCAGCAAAGAAAAAGAACAAUGAAGCAGAAGAGGAAAUUGAGGAGACACCACAAGAGAAGAAAUUGAGAUUAGCAAAGUUAUACCUGGAACAGCUUCGACAGCAAGAAGAGGAAAAGGCCGAAGAAGAAGCCUUUGAAAAGGACCUGGUUGCUGGUCGACUGAAGGAAGAUGUGCUUGAGCAGAAAGGAAAACUGCAGCGACAAAUUGCCAAAAGUUUACAGCCACCAGAGAGUGCUGACAUCAGGGUACUACGAGGUCACCGGCUGCCCAUCACCUGCAUAGUCAUAUCGCCAGAUGAUAAAUACAUCUUCUCUGCAGCUAAAGAUUGCACCAUCAUCAAAUGGGACGUGGAGAGUGGGAAGAAGCUGCAUGUGAUCAGUGGAGAGAAGAAGGGGAUGGAGGACAGUCACGUGGGUCACACAGCACACAUCCUUUCAAUGGCUAUCUCAUCAGACGGUAAAUACUUGGCUACAGGAGAUCGGCACAAGAUCAUUAUGAUCUGGGAAGCAGCAACCUGCAAGCACCUGUACAAGUUCACUGGUCAUCGUGAUGCUGUGUCGGGCCUGUCUUUCCGGAAAGGCACACACCAGCUGUAUAGCGCCUCGCAUGACCGUUCAGUCAAAGUGUGGAAUGUGGCAGAGAAUGCUUACGUGGAAACAUUGUUUGGGCAUCAAGAUGUGCUCACUGGAUUGGACAGCCUGAGCCGGGAGUGCUGUGUCACGUCGGGGGGAAGAGAUGGCACUGUCAGAGUUUGGAAGAUCCCCGAGGAAUCCCAGCUUGUGUUCUAUGGGCACCAGGGUUCUAUUGACUGUGUCCAGCUGAUCAAUGAGGAGCAUAUGGUGUCUGGUGCCGAUGAUGGGUCAAUAGCCCUCUGGGGGCUCUCAAAAAAGAAACCACUAACCACAGUGAAGCAAGCCCACAGUCGCCAUGGCACUCAGGGCCUUGAACAGCCAUACUGGAUCUCUUCAGUUGCUGCCUUGCUGAACAGUGAUGUUGUAGCCACAGGUUCCCACAGUGCCAGUGUGAAGCUGUGGAAGUGUGGAGAGGGAUUCCGGAGGCUGGAACCACUCUUUGAUAUUCCCCUGGUUGGUUUUGUUAAUAGUUUGAAAUUCUCAAAUGCUGGAAGCUUUCUAGUUGCUGGAGUUGGACAAGAACACAGGCUGGGUCGUUGGUGGAGAAUCAAAGAGGCCAGGAAUAGCAUCUGUAUUAUCCCACUCAAGAAGACAACCACCAGUGAUGCACAGAUAUCUGACGAAAGCUCUUAAUAUGCUCUUUCUGCCACUGACUUUGUAGCAGUUGUUUCAGAUUAAUCUGUAUAUUAAAACUACCUUUUGUGUUUAUAAAA